AUUAAACAAAGCGAACAAACAUCCAUCCCCUUCAUUCCUAUUUCGUGUUGUCUCGUUCCUAUAGUAUUAAUUAUUAUACUAUUACACUUAUCUCCCAGGUCACAAGCAGCACGCUGUCGCUAGCCAUGUUAAGAAUUUGUAUACAUAAGAAGAGAAAUGGAUGUUAAGGUGAAGAAAUCACAGUCCAUAGAAUUACAGGUGCAGGAUUGUGAAGAAGACAUCAGAAAAGGUCCAUGGAGCGUUGAAGAGGACACCAUUCUCCAAAAUUACGUCGCCACCCACGGUGACGGUCGCUGGAAUUCCCUCGCACGCUCUGCAGGCCUGAAGAGAUCAGGGAAAAGUUGCAGGUUAAGAUGGCUAAACUACUUGCGUCCCGAUGUUCGUCGUGGAAAUAUAACACUCCAAGAACAGAUAACGAUUCUGGAACUCCACUCUCGCUGGGGCAAUAGGUGGUCGAAAAUUGCUCGGCAUCUUCCAGGUAGAACAGACAACGAAAUAAAGAAUUAUUGGAGGACCCGAGUGAUUAAGCAAGCAAGGAACCUCAAGUGUGACGUGGACAGUAAACAGUUCCAAGAUGCCUUGCGUUACGUCUGGAUGCCCCGUUUGAUAGAGCGGACUCACCCUUCACUACCAAUACCAUCGGAAACUCACGGCCCGGCCCAUGUUGACCCAAAUCCAACCGCUCCGGCCCAACACGAGUUGCAUGGUUCUGGUUCGGGCUCGGGUCCCUCUGCCUUGGAGGAUGUCUCAUCAGGAGCGGAGUUAAACGCUCCUUUAGAUUCUGAUUCUGAACAUUUGGUUUAUGAUGUUUGGGGUACAUGCGACAGUUUCAAUGGGAAUAGCACGUUACCUUUAGGUGGUGGGGACUUGAUGGAGAGUUUGUGGGAGGAUGAGAAUAUGUGGCUUAUGCGACAGCUUUGUCAUGAUCUGGAAAUUAAAGACAAUUUCCUUGCGUGACGCAGCACAGAGCAGACCAAGUGUGUGCUAAUCUGGUCACUUUGAUGAGCAAAGAUUGUUAGUAAAAUAGCAUAAGCCAUAAAGGGACAGGUCCAUGAGUUAUCCUUGUUGCUACUUGAAAAAAUGCAUGCGCUUUGUCUCUUACUUUAUUAACCAAUAAAAUUAAGCUUCUUUAAUUAUAA